AUGUCAACAUCACAAUCAUCGACCGUUUCUACCAACGAACUUGGACGACAGGAAUAUGAAUACAGAGAAGUUCUUCUUGUGAUCGACAGCAAUUUGACUGAGGUUCAGAAAAAAAAACUUCGCUUCUACUUCCCUACCGAAUGCGCUGAAGGUAAUGAAACCCUGGAACUUUUUCGUUCAUUAGAAGACGACAAAAUGAUAUCUUGGGAAGACGUGCGUUUACUAAAGGACGGUUUGCGUGCAGUAGGGCGACUGGACCUUGUCGAUAACUUGACUGAAUUUGAAAACAAGAGAGAUCUGUUUACUCUCGUAUAUAUGUAUGCAAGAAAACGGCAGGGCUUUGGGGAAUCUUCUUGUUACCUCAGUUCAGUCGAACAGGCAGCUGCGUAUCUCACAAGGACGACAACGAACGGAAUUUCUCCAGACGGCACCUUAAAAUCAUUGCUGGAAUCGAGAAAGAGUAUCAAGAAAGUCAUAGGCGAGUUCGAUGCGGUAAUCGAACACGAGCGUCUGGAUCCUUUGAAUCAGCUUACACUUAAAGUUGUUAUUGCUGGAGAAACGGUCGCUGAAGCCUUUAGAAUGAGCGAAGAACGUCGUCUUACGUCUGAAGACAUCAUUAAAAUGUGUAGGAGCGUCGCUGAUGAGCUUUACUGUCGAAUGCGGGAACAGGGGAUGACGUGGGUAAGUUCGCAAAUAGAUAUCGUUAUUUUCUUUGUCUGUAGCCGAGAAUAACGGGAAAUCGUUUCAAGUUAAUUCAGACGGCAUAUUUUAUAGAAAAUGACCUCAGUUUACGUCCCCAGUGUUAGCGAUAUCAUGCAUGUAUCCCUCUUGAAAACAAUCAUAAUGCAAAUUAUUAUUAAUUCAAACUAUUUCCCCAUUUCUGACUGGCUUGAUUGCCCGGCUAAUUCUUCAUAACCAGAUGGUGCUAACAAAAUUUGGAAGAUGUUUGCAAUUAUUUCAUCCGUGUUUUGGUAGUGCAGAACUCUAGAAAAUGGCGAAAGAGUUUUGUUAUAUGCGAAGACGGAAUAGAAUACUGGCAAAAAAAAAAAUAAAACAAGAGAGAGGGGGGAGAGCCCCUCAUUCUUUCUAACUCUUGCUAAAAGUUAUAGGAACAAUUCGAAAAAAAUAUCAGAGUGGAUUAACCGACCACUUUUUGAGGUAUAACCUGCGAGAACAUAACACCAGAUCAUAUUUUGAAACUGCCUAGUAACGGGCAAAUGUUUUGAAGAAAUGAUUAGAAUGUUUGGAACGUGGAAAUAUUGUAAAUGAAGAACAAGUCAACGCCAGACACGAUUGUCAUUUGAUUGUUGUUAUGAGGAAUUAGACAGAUUUCGCGAGAGUGUAAUAGCACCCUUUUCAAUCUGCGUAAUUCUUCGUAUCAUAUUGUAAGCGCGGUCAUUGAAAUAACUGUAAAACAGAAUCCAGUUGGUUCAGUAUGGUUGAGAAGAAACGGGACUUGUGCUGAAAUCCAUGAAGUCCUUUUCUCUUUUUGUUUGAGUUCUACCAGCUUUCAAUCGCAUCGAGACUUUAAAGUAAAUUUUAAAAACUCUGGUAGAAGGUGCAUUACCAAAAUAUUUUGAAAACCUUGUGGACUUGGUAAUCCCAAACCAGUGACAGUGAACUUGAUUCUUCAUGUAACGGAAUGAAAUGCAGCUUAUUAUUAACCUAAUUAGAAGAUUUAUUUAUAAGUUUAACUUAUAGACUAAAUAGUGCCGCGUAUAAUUUGUUCAAAACUACACAAAAAUCAGAUCAGGACCCAUUACGGACAACUUACCAAACAACUUUUCCAAUCAGUUGUUUACAACCCUUCCAAUCAGAUUCGCGCGUCGUUACCAAAUCCGUACAGCAGACUCACAUACUUUAAGAAGACUGAAGAGUUUCCAUCCACCCAGAAUUACUGCGCUUUUUUACUGCGCAAUAAAACUAAGAGAUUUGUGGAAACUUUAAUUCAACAAUAAGAGUAGCUCCAUGGCAAUGUUUUCGUGAUUUCAUUAUUAAUAAUAGAUUUGUCGUUACUAUGGAAUGAUGUUCUUAGCCAAGGAUAGUUGUAAAAUUAAUUCCUUUUUGUAAAGCGACUCAUAAAUGCUUCUGAUAAAACACUGUCUAUUCUUUUCUCUUCUCUUCUAUUUUGUUAUGCAUUUCCAAAAACUGCUUAAUAAUAAUGUACGUUGAUGGGAGGCAAACGUAAAACUAAGUAGAAAAAGUUUUAUGAAUUUAUCUUUUCAGGAACUUUUCUUUGAAUAUAUAGAGGACAGAUACAAAUCGGUCUUCCCUCAACAAGAUUCAGUGUCUGCUGAAGACAUCGCCGACGUGGUUCACCGGCUGAUGGAGACGUCUUUGUUCAUAUAAAACGUAUCUCACCGUAUUUACUCGUUUCCAAAACGCCGUUUAUUCGAGGGUAGCCUUUAUUUCAAAAUCACCUUUCUGACCUUCACUGACAACAAUUAUGGUAAAUCAUUGUAAAACAGAGUUGAUGGUGUGGGUGGUGUAGAUUACUGGGUUGUACCGAGCCCUUUCUUAUAAUCCUCAAAUAACGCCACAUUCGUCGGGUAGGGUGAGCGUUUAAGCGAGGUCGGCGUUUAUUGACAAUUUUGCUUCGAUAUGCGUAGUUUGAUCGAGUAAAUACGGUACACACGUUUCUUCUUAUUAUUAUUAUCAUUAUCAUUAUUAUUAUUAUCUUUUGCAACUCCGCCAGGAUUGACAAUCGUAAAUGCUGGAAUGAGCCUGUGACCCCCUCUUCGAACAAGCGUCCCUCUUCAAUUUAGCGCCCCAUCUCGACUUGAAAGAUAAAAUGAGCUCCCCAGGGGCGCGUUUCUCGAAAGUCCCCAUAAUUAACGGGCCCGUAGAGCUGUUGUUGUUUACAUGCAAGAUAGAGUUUUCAAUAGUUUUGCAUCUAACAUGAUAAAGCUAUCAGUUUAUGAAACAAAAUGGAGCAGUUAACUAACCAGAACCCGCGCUCUUAUUCUUUAUAUUUCGUUUUGAAAAUUUGAUUUCGGGCCCGAAAUGUUAUCGUGACUUUCGAGAAACGGGCCCCAGGGCCGGGUUGCAUUCGUUUGUGGGGAGGGAUGAAAGACGAGCUCCCCCAAAAAACGCCUGCGUGGGAGGCUAAUUCGAGCAUUAACGAUAAAUAUCCUGCUGGUCCCAAGCCCAGGUAAAAGGAGGAGGGGAUUGAGUCAUUAUCACCUGAUACUGAAACCUGAUAUCAGCUAAGAAAAAAAUAUAGAACUGAAAUUGAAAACAGAAAAAAAGGGGAAAAAAAUCAAAUAAAACAACUUAACAAGACAAGUCAAUAAGAAAAAAAGGAAAAAUCGAAAAAAAUAGUAAAAACAGGAGAAAAGAAAGAAAAUAACAAACAAGCCAAAGAUCAGAAUAAUACUCAUUCAAAAGAAACAAAGAAACAGGAAAACAAACGACUUAUAUAGCGGAACAACAACAACAAACCCAAUUAAACAAUACCAUGACUAUGGCGGACCCCUCAUAUGUCAUAAAUGAAAGCCCCCAAAUGGACGUGUUUUCUGGAAUUAAAAAGUUGUGAAACCUCAUUUAUCAAUAAAGGAUAUAACUCAUAUCUUAAAAUUGCCUGCACUUAUUGUUGUUAAUAUUCUUGGAGAAUGUAGUCAGAGGGAUUAGAGCAUUAAUGGAACCCUGUUAUCAUUGUCUCGUGGAUCAGAAAAUAAAAAAUAUUGGAUUUAUAUGCGCAAGCCAACAUGCGCAGAAGGUCACCACCUUUUAUUUGGCAAGCAUCCAUGUCACUCCCCGUUCUAUCCCCAUUCUCCCACCCGUUCUCUCGAUCGCUGGCUGCGGAGGAGGCCAUUGCAACCCAUGGCAAUAAGAGAGAAUGAACCGCCAGUCUCUUAAGUUAAACUCCUCGAGGGCUAAACAUUAAGAGUGAUCAGUAAAAAGAUACUCUUUUUGGUUAACAAAGUGGCUACUGUUGAUUAGCCGUUUGUCUUAUUUGUUAUUGUAAAGUUAGGGUAUAAAAGGUCAGUCAUGCAUUCGUCUGGUCUCCAACGUCAGCUCUGAACGACAGCUAUUAUUAUAUCUACAAUUAUGUUUUUAUCCAAGCUGACUGAACCCGAGGUUCAGAAUUCAUGUCAACGAUAUAAAGGCGUCGGGGCAGCGUCGUGGCAAACAAAAAAUAUACUGAAUCACUAGCUCAAGUUUAGAAUCGAUGAGCACAUCCAUGCAUGACUGACACAUUGACCGACCAACGUCACCCCAUUGCCCAUUUUUGGUGUGACUUAUAAUUCAGUGAAUGUAUAUUAAUAUUUCAAUUCGUGUUCCCUGUCUGCUGGUAAGGCCAUCAUGUCUGACGCCAUGACUGAAAAACUUAAACUCGAGUAUAGAUCUGCUCUCCUUCAGAUAUCGUACGGGCUGGAAAAGGUUCAGACGAAAGCACUUCUCUUCUAUUACGACAAGGUUAUUGAAGAAGACAGCGAGUCUUUAGCACUCUUCAGGUCGUUAGAAUACGCAAGGAAACUUUCAUGGAAAGAUGUCAGCUUCCUCAAAGAAGGGUUGCUUAAAGUUCGAAGAUUGGAUCUUGUAAAGGACUUGACGGAAUUUGAAGUCAAGAGAAACUUCGCACUUCUACUUGAUUUAUAUGGGAAAAUGAGACAAAGUUCGCAAUGGUCUUAUUCCUUCGAAUCAAUGGUAAAGGUAGCUAAUCAUCUGACGUUUCUCAUGAGGGCUAUUUGUGAAGAUGAAUUCGAUGUCAGCGACACCAUUAACAAGUUGAUGGAGGCGGGAAAAGAGUUCAAAAGUGUACUAAACGAUUUAGAAGAGGAAACUGAACGGCAGCUGUCUGAACCAUGGAGUAAACUGACUUUGUUGUUCUUAGUUUCUGGAGAAUUAAUCACCGCGAGCAUGAUAAAAGAAGCGGAACAUGGUGGAGAGCCAAACGCCCCUGACUUGUGUUUCACCGCAGCUACGAAGCUCUCUUCUCGAAUGUUUAACCUUGGAAUGAAUUGGGUAAGAAUAACUUAAGGCUACGAUAAAUGCAUUUUUCGUUCAGCAACGUACAUGAGAAGGAUUGUAUUUCUUGAAUUGAUGUCAUACGACCCUUUCGAGUAGAAAUCAACAGCAAUCAAUCGAAUGAGUAUUUCAUGGAGUUUCCGUAUUCAGGCUGGUCUGUAAAAGCUACAAACACUGCUUUCGAAUGUUCUGUUGAAAAUUAUCCAUUUUAGCUUUACAAACAGUGUUACUUUUAUCUGUAAACUGUGCAAUAACGACAAGGCAACAGUCUAGGCAUAUAUGCACUUUGAAAUUUAGAGUCGAUCUCUUGGGCUAGCACGAACUGUGGCACCCCAAGGCACUAGCGUAUUUUUUUUCCCAAAUUAAUUUUACGGCACUAUCGCGUUAUAUAAUUGGAUUUAACUUAAUAUAGAAGAUGCGAAUCUAAAAUUACCUUUAACUUCAAAGAAAACACCAACUGAGGGUAACCGUUUUUCAGUAUUGCUUUCUUAACUUUUGGACGGGCGAAUACAUGACUCUCUUAAAAAUGGCGGACUUUUGUCUCCUCAAACGAUGCAAAGGAUUUACUAUUCAAAAGCUAUAGAAAUUGUCCAAAUACAACCUUUUAGUAUCCUUUGAGUACCAAGAAAACGGUUAGGGCAAGUACAGCUUAGGUGACUGAUGUUUAUCGAUAUUCCAAUGUAAAGCUUCCUUUACUUCGUAAGUCACGACAAGCCACGCGAUACUCUCACAAUUUACUCGCUUAAAGUUCGUGUCCCCAACUGCUUCCAAUAGUUAACUUGCGCUCUUUUUUCGACAAACAAGGCCUGCGUUAGUCGGUUACCUUUAUGUCGUUUUAAAAGCCAUAAAAAGAUGUUUGCACAAGUAAACGCCCAGUUGGACUGACAGAUUCGAAGGCUGUAAACCCUGACGCGAGUCAUGAUCUUAUCAGUGCAAAACCAACUAGGUACAACUAUUUUUCCUUCAAGCGAAAGAAAAAUGCCUUUUUUGACAUCUUAAAGCUUAAAUUGUGACAAACAAUUUAGCAUGCAGUAUAUUUGCGUCCAUAUUAUUCACGGUUUUUUAUCACAUGUUUAGAAGACACCUUUUGGCCUUGCAUUCUAGCAAAGGUUGUGUCGAUUGGUGAAGAAGGCAUAUUUCUAUCAAAGUUAGCAUAGCCUGCCGAUUUCGAAGGCAAACAAAAAUCAGUUUGCGAUUUUAUAUUGUAAAGGAUUAGCAGAGAAAGAGUUAAAGUUGUCAACAUAAAAUACUAUUCGAGUUCUGGAAGCUUGGCCGCAAGCACGUGGCAUGAGUAAUCGGACUGCAGGAGGUUUUGGGUAACAAAAAGUCUGCUUCGUUUAAUAUACCUUUAAUCUUUAGUCUUUAAAUUCGUGUUUUUGGCGAUUGUUAAAAAAUAAAAAAUCCUUGCGAAAUUUAAUACCCAUAAAGAAAAUUCAAAUCCGCCGAAAAAAAUGGUUAACAUGUAACAACGACAAAUCACACGUUUACUGGCAAGUUCAAUUUCUUAUCUUCUCACGGUGGUGAAAUAAGUAGUACUUCAAUUUGGAAAAAUUCCCAGUUUACCUUAAAAGUUCAUUUUUGAAAUAUGCGGUUUUGCUCCCUCCAGUUUAUAUACAGGUCAGACUUUUUGAAAACUAAAAAUAAAGUAGAGAAACUUGCCAAGACCCUUGAAUCGAGAAAUUAAAUGCCCUUUUUUCAUAAUUAUUUGCCUACUGAAAUCGCCAAAAAAAUACCCCGCGAAAUACUGGCCCACGAGACUGGAGAAAUUCCUCUAGGGGACACAUGAAAUAUUCACUAUCAGCAUAUGAAAAAUUAAACACCAAUUCUUAAGUCUAAAGCGUUCGUCAUGGGACAAAAGAUGUUAGGGCUUGCACUAAAGUAGGUGAGUUAGUAUACCUGUGAAUAGAGACGGCUGAUAUAUCAGUACCCUGUCUGCAUCUUCUACUUCCAUUAUUGUUCUCCUUCUCCUCGACGACUACUCAUUAAUGGAUGGCUUUUUAAAUUACUUAAGUGACACUGAAGACGAACCAACAAACCAUCUUCUUAUAAAUUUAAGACAAUUUUCUUUUCUUUUUUUUUUUCAAACAAAGUUUGUCACACAACAAAAAAGCCAAAAAGGGGGAGAAGAUUCAGCCGUCUUUGGUCCCGAUAUGACUGGGUACGGAACUUAGACUUUUGUUUACGUUCUUCUGUAAAGAUACUACUCUUGAUAUAUAUAAUCUUUAUGUUUUUUCCUUAGGAUGAAUUCUGCGUCUAUGUGGAAGAACGAUACAAUUUCAUCCAUCGUCAGAAGCAUCCAGUGUCAGAAAAUGGCAGCUCGAAUUGGGAGAAGCAGAUGGCAGAGCUGGUUCAACACCUAAAACGUUCUGGUUAUUUCUUGUAA